UCAGCCAUAUUCCCACCGAGCAGCCACACCGGCAGCCCGCCUCAAACUACCGAAAAACCCUCCGUAAUCCUCCAACGCGCUCUCCCGCGGUGUUAACGGACAUUUUGAUUGACGCCGAACCCGUCCCAGAGCUCCGGGACAUGUCACCGAGCUGAUACACCGACCCGCGGACAUGGAGCAGCGGCGGCCAACCUGAGAGUCGACGGUCUGAUCGACAUCCCGAUCUCCGAGAGGAAAGUCCAGAUUUACCGGGAUUAAAGCCGAUGUGGAGGAGGGACGGACGCGGGCCUGCAGGCGGAACAGCUCACAACACGACGUAGCGACGGUAACCGGCGGAGACACACCGACACACCGACAACCAGCCUGCUCAAAAUGUCGGGAAUGUUUUCCCGGAGCUAACGAGCUAGCUGAAGCUAGCAAGCUGAGCUCGGCACGACUCGGCAGGAAGCGGAGCCUCGGCGGCGGCUUACACUCGGACUGUGCGGCGGGGGUUGUUGUCCGAGUAUCAGCGGGAGCGGCGGGUGAUUGUCCCGGGUCAGGAUGUCGGCUCAGGUCCGUCUGAAGCGGCUGGAAGAGCUGCUGCUGGAGCAGAAGGCGGCGGGAUGUCUGAGUGUGGAAACGCUGCUCGACCUGCUGCUGUGCCUCUACACAGAGUGCUCCCACUCCCCGCUGAAGAGGGAGAAGCACAUCACCGACUUCCUGGAGUGGGUUAAACCCUUCACCACCACAGUGAAGGACAUGCGACUGCACAGGGAUGACUUUGAAAUGUUGAAGGUGAUUGGACGAGGAGCUUUUGGAGAGGUUGCCGUGGUGAAGAUGAAGCACACAGAGAGAGUUUAUGCCAUGAAGAUCCUCAACAAGUGGGAGAUGUUAAAGAGAGCCGAGACGGCGUGUUUCCGUGAGGAACGUGACGUCCUGGUGAAAGGAGACAGUCAGUGGAUCACAACUCUGCACUACGCCUUCCAAGAUGACAACUACCUGUACCUGGUGAUGGAUUACUACGUGGGCGGGGACCUGCUGACUCUGCUCAGUAAGUUCGAGGAUCGUCUUCCAGAGGACAUGUCCAAGUUCUACGUCGCUGAGAUGGUGCUGGCCAUCCACUCCAUCCACCAGCAGCACUACAUCCACAGAGACAUCAAACCAGACAACGUCCUGCUGGACGUCAAUGGUCACAUCCGCCUGGCAGACUUCGGAUCCUGUCUCCGCAUGAUGGAGGACGGCACGGUGCAGUCCUCGGUGGCUGUGGGUACUCCGGACUACAUCUCCCCAGAGAUCCUACAGGCGAUGGAGGACGGGAUGGGCCGCUACGGACCGGAGUGUGACUGGUGGUCUCUGGGGGUCUGCAUGUACGAGAUGCUGUACGGAGAGACGCCGUUCUAUGCUGAGUCUCUGGUGGAGACCUACGGCAAGAUCAUGAACCACGAGGAGCGUUUCCAGUUCCCCUCCCAUGUGACUGACGUCUCAGAGGAUGCCAAAGACCUGAUCCAGCGCCUGCUUUGCUCCAGAGAACGUCGGCUUGGUUUAAACGGGAUCUCCGACUUCAAGAGCCACCCGUUCUUCACCGGGAUCGACUGGGACAACAUCCGGUCCGCCGAGGCCCCAUACAUCCCCGACGUGUCCUCGCCCACCGACACCUCCAACUUUGACGUGGACGACGACGUCCUUAAGAACCCGGACAUUGGUCCUCCAGUCUCUCACACUGGUUUCACUGGUCAGCACCUCCCCUUCGUUGGCUUCACCUACACCACCGACAGCUGCUUCUCCGACUGCAGCUCCGUCUGCCGAGCAGGGCUCCUUAGCCGCCAGGAGGAGGAGGGGGGGGGGGGGGGAGGAGAAGGAGGGGGGCAGGAGGUGGAGGCCUUCGAAAGGAGGAUCCGUCGACUGGAGCAGGAGAAACAGGAGCUGAACCGCAGACUACAGGAGUCCACUCAGGCCCUGCAGGCUCCAGCUCGAGGAGGAACUCUGACUCGGGACAAAGAGAUCAAGAAGCUGAACGAGGAGAUCGAACGACUAAAGAAGAAGCUGGCAGACUCUGAUAGGCUGGAGCACCAGCUGGAGGAGGCGGUCACACUCAGACAAGACUACGAGAGCUCCGCCUCCAAACUGAAGACCCUGGAGAAGCAGGUGAAGACCCUGAGACAGGAGAAAGACGACGUCCACAAGCAGCUGUCCGACUCUCUGGAGCGCCUGAGGAGUCAGACCAAGGAGCUGAAGGAGGCGCACUCCCAGAGGAAGCUGGCCCUGCAGGAGUUCUCCGAGCUGUCGGAGAGGAUGGCCGAGCUGCGCUCCUUCAAACAGCGUCUGUCCCGUCAGCUCCGAGACAAGGAGGAGGAGACGGACGCGCUGCUGCAGAAGAUGGACGCCAUGAGACAGGAGAUCCGCAAGACAGAGAAGAACCGCAAGGAGCUUGAGGCUCAGCUGGAUGAUGCGAAGGCGGAGGCAUCGAAGGAGAGGAAGCUGAGGGAGCACAGUGAGGUUUACUCCAAACAACUGGAGACGGAGCUGGAGAGCCUAAAGUCCCAGUCUCAGCAGGGUAGGGGAGCAGCUGCGCGAGGGGCGGAGUCUCAACAGGAGCUGUCCCGUCUGAAGGCGGAGCUUGAUAAGAAGGUCCUUUUCUAUGAGGAGGAGCUGUUGAGGAGAGACUCGGCCCACUCCUCCGAGAUCAAGAACCUCCGCAAAGACCUGCACGAGUCCGAAGGAGCGCAGCUCGCCGCCAACAAGGAGCUGCUGCAGCUCCGAGACAAGCUAGACAAGGCCAAGAGGGACAGACAGACCGAGAUGGAUGAAGUUGUCGCAGCUCUGAAGGAGAAAAACGAACGAGAGAAAAACCUGCUGACAGAGGAAAACCGUAAACUGACGGCAGAGACCGACAAGCUGUGCUCAUUCGUCGACAAGCUGACGGCCCAGAACCGUCAGCUGGAGGACGACCUCCAGGACCUGUCGUCUAAGAAGGAGAGCGUGGCUCACUGGGAGGCCCAGAUCGCAGAGAUCAUCCAGUGGGUGAGCGAUGAGAAGGACGCUCGAGGUUACCUUCAGGCUCUGGCCACCAAGAUGACGGAGGAGCUGGAGACGCUGCGCAGCUCCAGCCUGGGAACCAGACCUCUGGACCCCCUGUGGAAGGUGCGCCGCAGUCAGAAGUUGGACAUGUCGGCUCGUCUGGAGCUGCAGUCGGCUCUGGACGCUGAGAUCAGAGCCAAGCAGCUGGUUCAGGAGGAGCUGCGCAAAGUCAAGGCUGCCAACAUCAACCUGGAGAGUAAGCUGAAGGACUCAGAGGAGAGGAGUAGGGAGAUGGGGGAGCAGAUGGAGAAUCUGAAGAAGGAGAUGGAGGAGAGUCGCUCCCGCUCUGACAAAGGUCUGAAGCUCCCUGACUUCCAGGACUCCAUCUUUGAAUAUUUCAACACCUCACCACUGGCUCCAGACCUCACCUUCAGAGUAUCAGUUGGCUCCGCCUCCUCGCUGCUUGCUCUCUUGGAGGAAACCACAGACAUAGACUCCACCCCACAGAAAUCAGAGACCACCUCCCCCUCCCCCUCGCCCUCCACCACCUCCGACAACGAGGAAGUUAAAGCAGCAUUAGUCCCAGCGAGCCCCUCCCCCACCUACCAGAGCGCAGCACUGACGACACCAAAGCCCAAGGCUCAUCAGCUGAGCAUCAAGACCUUCUCCAGUCCCACUCAGUGCACACACUGCACCUCACUGAUGGUCGGGCUCAUCAGACAGGGAUAUGCCUGUGAAGUGUGUUCCUUCAUCUGCCAUGUUUCCUGUAAAGACUACGCCCCCCUGGUCUGUCCAAUCCCAGCAGAACAGGCUAAGAGGCCUCAGGGCGUCGACGUCCAGAGAGGCAUCGGCACCGCCUACAAGGGCUACGUCAGGAUUCCGAAGCCCAGCGGGGUGAAGAAGGGCUGGCAGCGAGCGUUCGCCGUGGUAUCUGACUGUAAACUGUUUCUCUACGACGUCCCAGAGGGGAAGUCCACCCAGCCAGGGGUGGUGGCCAGUCUGGUCCUCGACCUCAGAGACGAGGAGUUUUCUGUCAGCUCUGUGUUGGCGUCAGAUGUGAUCCACGCCACCAGGAAAGACAUCCCUUGCAUUUUCAGGGUGACGUCAUCGCAGCUGAUCUCACAGCUCUCCUCGGUAUCGCUGCUGGUCCUGGCGGAGAGCGAGGUGGAGAAGAGGAAGUGGGUCCGGAUCCUGGAGGGUCUGCAGAGCAUUCUGACCAAGAACCUGCUGAAGAGCCGGCAGGUCCACGUUCUGCAUGAGGCCUACGACGCUUCGCUCCCUGUCAUCAAGACUACGCUGUCAGCCGCAGUGCUCGAUCGAGAGAGGAUCGCCCUGGGAACAGAAGAUGGACUGUUUGUGAUUGAGGUCACCAGAGACGUGAUUGUGCGAGCAGUCGACAGUAAGAAGGUCUAUCAGAUCGAUUUGAUCCCAAAGGAUAAAAUCAUCGCUCUGCUCGGCGGUCGGAACCGUCAGGUUCACCUUCAUCCCUGGGGGGUUCUGGACGGAGCGGAGCCUGCCUUUGACUUUAAGCUGACGGAUACCAAAGGCUGCCAGGCUCUAACCACAGGGGUGCUCCGACCAGGAGGCCCUGCCUGUCUGCUGGCUGCUGUCAAACGCCAGGUUCAGUGCUACGAGAUCACUCCGGUGAGGCCUCACCAUAAGCGUUUGUGGGAGGUCCAGGCUCCAGGUGUGGUGCAGUGGUUGGGGAUGGUGAGGGAGCGGCUGUGCGUUGGGUAUCCGUCGGGCUUCGCUCUUCUGGCCCUGCAGGGCGAGUCGUCCCCCAUUAGCCUGGUGAGCCCCGCUGAUCCGUCGUUGGCCUUCCUGUCCCAGCAGCCGUUGGACGCCCUGCACGCCCUGGAGGUCGGAUCCAGUGAGCUGCUGCUCUGCUUCAGCUCACUUGGCAUCUACGUGGACGGACAGGGCCGCCGGUCUCGGACCCAGGAGCUGAUGUGGCCCGCCACCCCACUCGCAUGUAGUUCUAACUCGUCCCACCUGACGGUCUACAGUGAAUACGGAGUUGAUGUCUUCGAUAUUCACACCACAGAGUGGGUUCAGACCAUCUCCCUACGCAAGAUCAGACCUCUGAAUGUUGAAGGGACGUUAAACCUGCUGAGUUCAGAACCUCCUCGUCUGAUUUACUUCAGCAACACCUCAUCAGAGGGCGACCUCACCAUCCCGGAGACGUCGGACCACAGCAGGAAGUUGAUGGUUCGAACUCGCAGCAAGAGAAAGUUUCUCUUCAAGGUUCCUGAGGAGGAGCGACUUCAGCAGAGGAGGGAGAUGCUGAGGGACCCGGAGCUCCGGUCAAAGAUGAUCUCUAACCCGACCAACUUUAAUCACGUGGCUCACAUGGGACCAGGAGACGGGAUGCAGGUCCUCAUGGACCUCCCUCUGGUUGGUGAUGUUGCCUCCCUUUCCCCCUCCCCGUCUCCCUCCCCCUCCUCCUCCUCCCGUCACACCCUCAUCUCUCCCCCCUCCAACUUUGAGCACGUCUAUCACAUGACGUUGGCGUCGGCCGGCGCCUUCUUGCAGAAAGACGCGUCCUCUUCCUCCUCCUCCCAGCAGAGCCUCCUGCAGCCUUCCUCCUCCUCCUCCUCUCCCUCCACCUCCUCUCUGGGAAGGAGUGUGAUGCCUUCCUCUCAGGAUGACUCUGUCAAAGAUAAGCCCCGCCCCCUGUCCAGUAUCUCCCGCCACCAGAGAAGCAAGACGCACAUCACCCGUACAGCUUCAGGUGGUUCAGAUUUUGGGGGAGCAGCGUCAUCUCGUGGCGUCUCUGAACCAGACCAGGAACUGGACCGAGAGCCGGACUCGGACUCCACCAAACACUCAACCCCCUCCAACAGCUCCAACCCCAGCAGCCCCCCCAGCCCCAACUCCCCCCACCGCAGCCAGCUCACCCUGGACGGCCUGGACUCUGAGCCCUGAGGCCCCGCCCCCUGAGCACCUGAGGGGCUGAAUGAGCCAAUCAGGCUGCGGACUGAGAGUUUAGAUUUUACUUUGAUGAUUUUAUUGUGGCGGACUGAGCUUCCUGCUGCUUUUAUGUUGUUGGAUUUUACUUGCUGGGAAGCCCCGCCCCCUGGUUUUAACCCUGCUGAUGGCUGCUGUGUGUUUGACCUUUGACCUUUAUUCUGAUUGGCUCUCUGGGACCAAUCACCUGCUCUUCUUCUUCUUCAUUAAAGAACUUCCUGUUGAGCUUUAGUGGGCUGUUAGCCGCUGAGAUAACUGGCUAACUUCCUGUCAGACGGGAGGUCUCACUCUGAUGGAAAAACACUGUAUGAAUUAAUUUUGAAGUUUUGUUAAAGUUGCACAUCAUCUUCAUUGUUGUUGUUGUAGAGAAAAAUAAUCUUUGAUUUUGUGUCAGUGAUGAUCUUUCCUGUUGCAACCCCCCGCCCCCCCGACCCCGCCCUCUGACAUCAGAGCUCAGGUAGGGUCAGGUGAGGGGGACACACCUGAACACUACUGCUCUGUUUCUUCCAGAAUCACCAGUUAAAGAAUCUUUGUAACUAAAACCUGUUAGCAGCCAAACAAACAAUAAAAGAAUCUGAAUCUC